GAAUGGGAUGGAGGUACGGAGGCAGAGGCUGGGCUGAUGCAGGCAGAGCCACCUCUGCCCCUUGUCUGGAUUCGCUGCAACUUUUCUAGGGCACCUGGAUUUCAUUGAGGAUCCGCCAGAAGGAAAAAGAGCCGCUUGCAUGGACUGAAGAGAGUGGCAGGGCAACUAGAUGCAAUAGGAAAACUUCUAGCUUCCAGGGAGAAGGGGCAGUUACCUCCUUGCUCCCGCCAGCCUCCCUGCCACUUCCUAGUAAAACAUGGAUCCCCGGUCGCUCGAUGCCGCGGUGCAGAACGCCCUGCUAGCCCUCUACCCGCCAUUUGAAGUCACAGCCCCAAUCGUCCUCAGCCAGCUCUUCCGCCUGCUCGACAGCGACUACCACGGCGACGGGCUGUGCUGCCUCCUUGAUUUCCUGAUUCCUGCCAAGCGCCUCUUUGAACAUGUGCGGCAGGCAGCCUGUGCACCUUACUUUAACUGCAUCUUUCUCCAUGAAGGCUGGCCCUUGUGUCUUCACGAGAAAGUGGUCAUUCACCUUGCCCCACUCAACCCCCUCUUACUACGCCCAGGAGACUUCUACCUCCAAGCAGAGCCCUACGGAGAGCAAUCUGCCUGCAUCACAGUAAAGUGCCUCUCUCAGGACUUGCGCACUGUGGAAGAAAGAACAGUUCCUGAAUCCUCCUACACGCUGCUAUUUACCAAUGAGUGGCUGGAGGAAAUCAACCGAGACCUGGAGAGAGCACCUCUGCACACUUGCCUGGUAGCCACAGAAAAGGGAAUUGCCCCUGUGCCUUGGAGUAAGAUAGCCAUGCCAGAAUUCAUCAGCAAGCCCAAAGCAGCACCAAGUCCCACCCAGGUCGGAGUGUCCCUUCCAGCACAUGCACUGGACCGUGGCAGAUCUGAAGUGAUGGUAGAGCCAGCAUCACAGAGCUGCACAAUGUCUUUUUGCAUGACUGAUGCUCAGGUGCCACCUGGUAACAUCAUGGGUAAUGGCCAAGACUGCAAAGAUGUGCACUGGAGGUCCAGCCAGGGCAAGUAUCCAGGACUCAUCAAGGUGGACCAAGCAGGAUCAUGGAAGAAGCCCAGUGUGUUUGUUGUGCCAAGCCUGUGCGAUAUCAUCAGCCAGGACCUGGAUGGUGACUAUGUUGACCUGCUGGAGUUUUCUGAAGAAAUGAAGCUGGAUCUUCUGGCCAAGUCAGGACCAUCUGCUGAGCAACUUGGACCUUCUAGAGAAAUAAAGGUGCCAUCAGAGCGUAAAUCACGGCUUCCAAGGGUGAACAGAGGGUCAGCAGCAGAAAAAUGGACCUGUGGGAAAGGGCAGAGUUCAGAGGAGGGUCCCUGCACACCGUGUCUGAGGAGAAAACUGAACAGAGACCCCAAAUUCCACGGGCCGAGGUGUCGAUACCGUGAGUCCUAUGUGGCCGCCCUUCAGAACCCUGUGAGCUUUGGCUCUGGGCUAAUGGCAGCCAUACUGGAGGAGUCUGAUGUGCCCAAACCAGAGUUCCCUUCAGCAAGCACAGUUCCAGAGAGUCCAGCUCACCCCAGACAGAGGCCAGGCCAGGCAGCCGCUCCCAGACUCCUCUCUGGCUGUCCUCCGAAAGCAAUGACUCAGGAGACGAAAGCCGAGGAGGUGACAAAGCAGGGAUACUUAAAGCUUCUAAAGUCUCCUGCUGGUGCGAGGAGAAACCUCCCUCGGUCACAGUCUCCCCCUGCCAGCCAUAAAUUCUCCUUCUUCAAAGGCCAACGACAACCAGCAUCCCCAGGGGACAGUUUGUCUGGUACCAGCCAAUAUGAAGGGCCUCGGAAAAGGAUGUCGGCUAUUUACUCUCCCCGGAUGAGCAGAGCUAAGCUGGCUGGGAAAGGUACCGAUCAGACGGAUGCGUCUCUCUUCAACAUCAGCUCUCUCCAAGGCACCAACUGUAAGAACGGUCUUUGUGUUACCACCGUGAGCUCUCCUGCCCAAGAACCCCUGUCUGCAGAGUCCAGCCCUCAACGGCCGCCCCAAUGGCAGGAUCUCGGUGCCGAGCUCUUGCACUCGGGCAUAGCUUGUUUGCCAGGGAGCACAGAUAAGCUUGGCAGGGCCCUGAUCCAGGUGACCACAAGCAGCAGAGCAUGGGAAGCCACCUGGUGCUCCGCCAGAGAGGUAGCCCAGCUCCUCCUUUACCUCUGCUCCAUCCCCAGGAGGGAAGCAAGGGACAGAGGGCUGACCAUUGUGGUGGAUGCCAGGAGACAGCCUCCCUCCCCAACCCUGCACACGGCAAUCAGAUCAGUCCAGAGAUCUUCACCUGCCACCAUCCAUGGUGUGUUGCUGUUGGCAGAGAAGGAGGCGGCUGCACACCUGGAGAAGUUACCUGGAAUACAGGUGGAGCUGCUGACUUCCCUCAGAGCUCUGGGCCGCUACGUCGACAGCACCCAGCUGACACCAGACUUGGAUGGUACUUUCCCUUACAGCCACGACGAGUGGGUUCAAUUCUUCCAGAAGCUGCAUCCCUUCGUGGCAGAUCUCAAGCAGGCCUCCAAGCUACUGCAGAGCUCCAUCCAGGAACUGGAGAAGGGCGACUUCCCAGAGGAUAUGCAGGAGGCAGCCGAGUGCAGGGAGAGAUACCGGGAGCUGAUGAAGGCAGUGCUCAGCAACGUGCAGCUAGUCGGCUUGCAGAGAGAGGGUGGGGCCACGCUGGCCAGGCUGAGGAAGGAGGCGUCCCGGCUCAGCUUCUCACCGGAUGUCAGGAACAGCAUGGACUCAGCCAUGGGCCUCUACAACCAAGUGGAAGAAGAAGUUCACACUUUGGUGACAAAAUCCAACAGCUGCCUGGAGAGCCUGGAGUUCCUCCGAAAGAUCCGGGAGUUUGAGGCAGAAUUCGGCAAGCUCACUUGCGGGAUUGAUGAAGGAGAUUCUUGGCUCCGUGAGCUGAGCACUGAGGAAUGGAGCCCGGACAGCCCAGAGAGAUCCUACCAGCAGUUCAAGGAAUUCUUGAUGCAGGCUACAGCUCACUACAACCAUGGACUUGUGCUGUGUAAGGAAGCUGCUGAGUUCCAAGGCUCCAUGUUCCCAGAGGCACAAGCCUUCCAGGCAGCCAGAGGUACCAUGCAGGCCAAACUGAGGAGUUUCUACACGAACUUGGAGCGGCAGCAGGCUGAGCUGGAAACUCUGCUCAACCUCUGCAGGUUCUACGACAAGAUAACAUCGCUGAACCUUGCCUGCAAACCUCACAUGGCUCAUGUGAAGCUUGGAGAGGGACAGCCAGCGAGUCGGGAGGCCCUGCAAUGCCUGGAGAAAUCGUUACAGAAGCUCUCUGUGGAGUUUUCAGCAGAGAGGUUCCAAGAGAUGAAAGUACAAGCCUGCACCAUGCACAGCUGCAGAGGACUAGGAGUAUGGAACAAGACAUGGCAGAAGUGUCAAGAAACCAGGCAGAUCCUUGAGGAGAUGCUGGAAAAAUUCAAGGAGGCCCAAGGAUUUGAGCCAGACUGUAGUGGGGAGGAGGAUUCUUUCAGCUCAGCUGCUGCUAAAUCAGGCCCCAGAGUCCAAGGUAAAGCUCCUCGUGUUUGCAAAUCAACUUCCAACCCUGCCCAAGCCUCAGCAGAAAGCAAGACACAAGUUAAAGAAUCAGGAUGCAGAGCAAGGAGUGAGAUAGAAUUAAAACCACAUCUGCCCACAGACUCUGCCCUAGGUGUAGAUCCCAGGGACCCCAGGUGUUCUCAGCAGGAGGGCAGAUGUAUUUAUCAAGGCUCUAUAACAGCUGAAGAGUCUCCCCUGAGUGCUGCAUGUGGAGCUGAUCUUGAACAGAGAGAAGCCCUGGCUCCGAAUCCCAGCACGGAGGCUUUAGAAAGCCUCCACGGGGCACCCCCUCAGAAGCCUCCUCUGACUCUUCCUUCCCAAGCCUCUUGCCCAGACCCUGGCCAGUUUCCUCAGGACAGCGUGAGUGAGUCCCUGGGUGAUGGGCCUUGCUCAGCCCACAGCACAUGUGGUCAGCAGCACUGGGGUAAGAUGCCGGAAGCAGCCCAAUACUUUCAGGUGUCCAGACAUGGCAGCUUUUCUUCUGAAGAUACAGAGUCACAGAACUCGGCCCAAGACCCUUCAACAACUAAUCUCAUUUUGCCCAUGGAACUCGUGAGUCCUAGACUGCCUGGGCCGCUGGGAAAGCCCCCGGGGAUCAUAUAUCUGGAAAACCACCACACAAAUAGCCAUGAAAAAGCGGAUGCUGAGUAAAACCAGCUCUUUCGAAACUGGGUUGGCUUUGUCUUUCCAGCCCUGGCAACUUUGGCCACAGAGUGGAUGUGCUGUCUAGUGGUUAUAGCAAGGACUUGGCAUCAGACCUACUGGGCUCUACUCCUUACCCUGCCAUUGACUCAUUGCUUGGCCCUAGGCAGGUUACUUAACUCCCCUGUGCCUAACUUCUACCCAUCUGCAAAAUGGGGAUAACAGUAGUUACCUACCUCCCGG